UGCGAAACGAGAAUGUUUGUUCUGGGUUUUCGAAUUAAAAUCCUUUUCUAUUCCUGAAAAUAGGACAUGUUGAAUAAGGGAAAUGCAAAUAGAAUUAGUGCAUUGUUAAAAACAAACCCACAAAUUGCUCUACUGCUGACUUUUAUGUCAAUAAACACGAUAUGUUUUUGACGGCUUCAAAAUACCCGCUUUGAUAAGCAGGCAGAGUGGGACAGAGAGAGUAAAAGCAAAGUGAGAAGGAGAAUCUCAGACCCUGCCCGCAAAGACGAGAGCGAAAAAAACUCAUCCAGCUGCAAAGGGUUCUCUGUUGUAAUUUGUUAUCGGCUUAUUGCACGCCCACCAGUUUCCUGCCGUCACGCGCCUAAUGUAAACAUGCUGGUGCUAGUGCUCGGCGAUUUACACAUUCCGCAUCGGUGCAGCAGUGUUCCGGCCAAAUUCAAGAAGUUGCUCGUCCCGGGCCGUAUACACCACAUCCUGUGCACGGGAAAUCUGUGCAGUAAAGAAUCGUACGACUAUCUUAAAACGCUCGCCAACGAUGUGCACAUUGUUCGUGGGGAUUUCGAUGAAAACACGAACUAUCCGGAGCAGAAGGUCGUAACGGUGGGCCAGUUCCGAAUCGGGCUGUCGCACGGUCACCAGGUGGUACCGUGGGGUGACCCAGAGGCGCUCGCUCUAAUCCAGCGGCAGCUGGAUGUGGACAUACUAAUAUCGGGCCAUACGCACAAGUUCGAAGCGUACGAGCAUGCGAACAAGUUCUACAUCAACCCGGGCUCGGCGACGGGCUCGUAUAAUCCUCUGGACACGGCCGUCAUUCCUUCGUUCGUACUGAUGGACAUCCAGAGCACGACGGUCGUAACGUACGUGUACCAACUGGUUGGCGAUGACGUGAAAGUGGAGCGGAUCGAAUACAAGAAGAACUAGACCGAACUAGGUUGUUUAGGAUUAAUCAAUUAAUCAAAUAAAAACAGAAUGUCAAGUUUAAA